GUCUCCUCAAGCAGAUAGAGGUGGGAAUAAAACACUGGGGUAAAGUUUAGGGAGCUCUAAAGAGCAUAGGAGCGAGCUUUUGAGACCGCUCGGCCCAGAGGCGACAGAGAAGGCGGCACCGGAAGACGCAGUCUGGAAAAGUUACGGAUGCAAACGAGCCUUUUGAGAUUUUCCUCUUUUUUAUUAAAACACUGCGAACAGAAGGGAAGAGAUUAUCUGCAGCCAUGAAGAAAACUUCAUAUCCAGUGCGAUCAGCCAGCGCUCGAACAAGAAGAACAGAAAGAGAAAUCACUAGCCCCACUCUGAAACGGUCGUUCGAGGUGGAGGACACGGAUACAACCACACACCCUUCACCUCUCUCUCGCCGAACCACCAACCCCCUCCGUUCUUCAACGUCCUCCACAACCAGCCAGCGGAGCUACGACUUGAGUUCRCGCAACUCCGACUAUUCCUCCUCCUCCUCCAGAUCCACUGCAUCCGAGUCCUCAAACCUACGAUCCCCAAAGACCGGCAUGAGGCGCAUUGAGCUAUCAGGGCGAAACCCUGAUGCAGCCGCUUCCCGCCGGGCAGAGAUUUCCAUCGAGGUCUCCUCCAAACAGAUCGACAGCUCGCCCAGUGCCGGCAUCGCUCGCUUCGGCCUCAAGCGGCCAGAGGUGAGCCUGAGCAGUCGGAGCAAUGCCCUAGACAGCACCUCAAACUCCAUCUCCAGCAUUACAAACCGACGAGCGGAGCUCAGCAUGACUCGGCCUCAGGAGCCCCCUGCACCUCCCAGGAGGGCGGAUAGCCAGCUGUCACCCACACCGGUCUCUAGGAUCCCUGAGUUAACCCAGAGAAGGGCAGAGCCCCCGUCUCCCAGCCUGAGCUUAGUUGAUGGCGUCUCUAGAAGACCAGAGAUUCCUGUCUUCAGACAACCAGAGAACUCUGCGACAGGCWGCCCUGUAGAGAACARCAACCACCCACCACCUGCACCCGUCGCCCCACUGCCAACCCUGGCAGAGCCGCGGGUGGAGAAGGUGCAGUCACCUGUCGCGGAGCAACCCUCAACACGACCAACAGAURGUGAGUAA